GCUUCAAGUGAAGAAUCUUCAGCUUCUAGUGAAGAAUCUUCAGCUUCUAGUGAAUCAUCUGCCUCAAGCGAAUCUUCUUCAUCAACGCAAGAAUUCUCAUCUGUUGGUGCUUGUCCAGAAUGUACUGAUUACACCACCACCAUUACUACUACCGAUGAAAACGGUGAUACAGUUACCGAAACCGGUGUAGUUAUUGUAACAACCAAUUCUGAUGGUGACUUAACCACCACCACCGAUAUCUUAGGUGAUUGUCCAGAAUGUACUGAGUACACUACCACUAUCACUACCACUGACGAAAACGGUGACCCAGUUACUGAAACUGGUGUUGUUAUUGUUACUACCGAUUCUGAUGGUGACUUGACUACUACUACUGAUAUCUUAGGUGAUUGUCCAGAAUGUACUGAGUACACUACCACCAUCACUACCACUGAUGAAAACGGUGACCCAGUUACCGAAACUGGUGUUGUUAUUGUUACUACUGACUCAGACGGUGACUUGACUACUACUACUGAUAUCUUAGGUGACUGUCCAGAAUGUACCGAAUACACUACCACUAUCACUACCACUGAUGAAAACGGUGACCCAGUUACUGAAACUGGUGUUGUUAUCGUCACUACUGACUCAGACGGUGACUUAACCACCACUACCGAUAUCUUAGGUGACUGUCCAGAAUGUACCGACUACACUACUACCUUUGUUACUACAUUACCAGACGGUACUGUUUCUACUGCUACUGGUGAAGUUAUCAUUACUACUGAUUCAGAUGGUGAAUUAUACACUACAACUGAUAUCUUCGGUGAUUGUCCAGAAUGUACUGAUUACACCACUACUUUUGUUACAACCUUACCAGACGGUACUGUUUCCACUGCUACUGGUGAAGUCAUUAUCACCACCGACUCCGAUGGUGACUUGUACACUACUACCGACAUCUUCGGUGACUGUCCAGAAUGUACUGAUUACACCACUACUUUUGUUACCACAUUACCAGACGGUACUGUCUCAACUGCUACUGGUGAGGUCAUUAUUACCACCGAUUCCGAUGGUGACUUAUACACUACCACUGACAUCUUCGGUGAUUGUCCAGAAUGUACUGAUUACACCACUACUUUUGUUACUACAUUACCAGACGGUACUGUCUCAACUGCUACUGGUGAGGUCAUUAUUACCACCGAUUCCGAUGGUGACUUAUAUACUACCACUGACAUCUUCGGUGAUUGUCCAGAAUGUACCGACUACACUACUACCUUUGUUACUACAUUACCAGACGGU